AUGUCUUCUGAUGUACUUCGAGUUAUUGAUCCACGUGGCUAUUUUGACACAUUUUUUAAAGAAGGCGUGUAUCCGGAUGGACGAGGAAUUCUUGAUGUUACAAAACUCGUUUAUAAGCAAGGUGAAUGCGGUGGUGUCGGAUCAGCGGUUGUGACGAAUGGUGGUGUGACUGUCUCAUGCUCCAUCGAAGCUUCCAUCUCGUUGUCGAGCGAUGCUUCUUUGGUCUCCGUAGAAAUCGCACAAUCUCAACAACUUUCGGAGAAAGAUUCCGAGGAUUAUCGCGCUCUCAUUUUGGACUUGUUCAACCGCGAUUAUUUCGUGAAAAGGGAGAAUUUGAAGUGUAUUGACAAUGUUGGAAACAAAUUGCCUCUUGAUUGGGUAUUGACAGUGACUGUGAAGAUUCUGAGUCUUGACGGAAGCAUUCUUGACGCCGUCGUGUGUGCUAUUAUCGCUGCACUCAAAGACACCAGACUACCAAAUAUUCGACUAAAUCAUGCCAUUGAAGACGAAUCUCCUAUCGAGAAAACUCAAAUCCUUCUCGAAGAUACGAAUUACUCGUUAAAUGUUCACGAAAUUCUAAUGUGCUGCACAUUUGGUGUUUUUGUUCGAAAUUUGGAGAAAGAUUUGGAAGAAGAAAUUCUUCUUUUCGCGCCUUCUGAAGAGAUCACGGGAAUAUGUCGUGCCACGGUGAGUAUUGUUGUGGGAAAUGAUUCGAAGAUCGUGUUAACUCGACUGAGAGGACAUUUGUCGAAAUUCGAUAUGAUUAGGAAAAUGACAAAAUUGACGGAAGAACGGCGGCAAAAGUUUAUCGAGGCGUUGAAGCAACACUAA